UGUCAUUCAGGCACAGCUUAUGAGGUGAUAACUACCCCCGGUGAUCCCAAUACUUUUCUGUCAUGUGGUGAAGAUGGUACUGUGCGUGUGUUUGAUGUCAGAACGAAGUCCAAAUGCAGCAAAAGGGAUUGCAAAGAGGAUAUACUAAUAGAAUGUGGAAAAGCGGUCACGUCUGUCAGCAUCAACCCACUAGCACCUUAUCAGCUGGGGAUCGGCUGUGAAGACAGUACAGUUGCUUUGUUUGAUAGACGCUCUCUAAGUACAGCUGGAUCAAGCUCUGGAUCUAGUGGAAUGGCUGGAUUGACUUAUAAAUUCAAACCAGAAGCCUUAAAAGACAGAACGUGUCGUGUGACGUCACUCCAGUAUAGGUAG